AUGUACAGAAUAGAUGUUUCAGAUUUUUAUGACUUCCAAACAUUCAGAAAUAUGUGUCCAUUUAGAGACUAUAACAAAGCAGUCGAGAAUUUGAAACGUUUAGUCAUUUAUGUCGACUCUGCCCCAGAAUGUUAUGUCAUGAAAGAAUGGGAUGUUGUCUUUAACAAACCAAGAGCAACAAUAGUGUCUGAACAAGAAUGUAAACAGAAACUUAAGAAAAUAAAAGUCGUACAAGUUGGUAUGAAGAUGUUAGAUGCUUGGGAUAUCUUAUUGUCAAAGUUAGAAGAUUUUUCAGUUCGUGGUAUAAAGUUUUAUACACCUUCUCCAAACUUCUAUUCUAUCUUCACUGGAUAUAAAUACGAACAAGUAGAAUGGAAAGAAAAUGUUAUAGAAGCUUGGUUAGACCAUGUCAAAGAAAUUAUAUGCAAUGGAAACGAAAGAGUCUAUGA